UUUUGUAUUUGCCACCCAAUACGACACCUACUUGCACGGAUUCGUCAUUCCACGAAUGGUAGUUUGUGGGCUUGCUGGACACCAAAACUCUUGAAUUACCCUUCACUCCUCCCGCCUUCCAGGGAUCCCCAGCUUCUCUCAACUUUAAGACUUCUCCUCUUGGGAAGACCCCGCAUCUCAUCACCAAACCACGCUGCGCUGCCAAGGGACCUGAGCAGAACAAGCCAACCCAGUGAACCCCUGGCGCUUCCUCGGGCUCACCUCACUCACCUCUUAACCCCCCCACCAAUCACACAUAACCGCCUCCAUGCAUCAUCAACGCCGAAGGUCCGGGCAUGCUUCUGGCAACACUUCGAUGACCGACGUCCGAAAAGCUCCUUCGACCCGACCUACCCUGACAAGGAGAACCACAACCCCUCAAACCUCCCAGAAGCUGGGCAGGAACAUGAGGGAUCGUGAGAGGCAAAUGGAAGAAGAGCGUUGGUUUGAGGAGGAGCGGGAAAGCUUUCCCCAGUUCUGCAUGUCUUGCGAGAAGCAGUUUAUCCCCGAUCACGACCAAUCCCUCUAUUGCUCCAAGGACUGCCGCUUAAGCGACCAAGAAGGUUUCGGUGCCUCUUCAUCCUCAUCUCGCAGUUGGAUCGGGUCGAACGCUCCAACCUACUACCCUUUCUACUCGGCCUCCUCAGAGCCGCGAGACAUCAUCCCCCGCGCAUCUCCAUCGCGUCCCAACUCAACAUAUGUCUCCCCACCUACCACCCCGGGAACCGGCCAGUCCUCAGCCAUCAAUGCCCUCAAAUCUUCCCUUUAUGGCAGCAGGCCAGCCAGCCCCCCCUCUCCGCCGCCUGUAGGCAACUACCACGCGAACGUUUGGCCUUUCUCCAACCGCAGCUCGGCCGCCAGCCCCAACAACUCGUACUCGAACCAGCAGUCCGGUUUUUUCUCCUCUACGUAUGAGGGCCACUACUAUGGCGGUGCGGGAGAUGCGUUUAAUGACCGACCGCUACCAAGCCGCAGGCCAGGGAUCUACUCGAGGCCGAAGAGCAUUGAGCUUGUCACCCCCUUGGUAGGGAGGUAACAGUCAUUGUUUGCUUCUUCUGCUUCUCUUUCUGCUUCCGACAAAAGAACACACUUUAC